UGUUCCCACUUCCGCAUAAAUUUAUACGGCCGAACUUCUUGGUACGUCGCCAACACCCCACGGCGGCGCUAACAGUCCAUCACGAUGCCGGGAACAUAUAGCAAAGAGUUGAUGAUCGGGCUGGCAGUCGGCUUCAUCAUUAUACCAUCAAUCUUUGUGGCACUAAGGAUUCUGGCAAAGUGGUCGAAGGGAAAUAGGUUACGACUCGACGAUUGGCUAUGCUUCGGUUCGCUGGCUGUCGGUAUCACUUGCUCCGUACUGCAACUUUAUGCUGCUAUCGACGGACAACUAGGCCAGCAUCAAAGCACCGGACCUGACGGCCAACCUAUAUUAGAUGACCCACGAUUUCUAGUAUAUGAAAAGACCAAAUUCGCCGUAAAUGUUAUCAGCCCCAUCGGUUUUGGGUUCGUGAAGGCGUCUAUUCUCGUCCUGUACAAGACCAUCUUUCAACAUAUUCGCCCUUUCCGAUGGGCCGUCUAUGGCAUGCUCACCAUCGUGGUGAUAUGGGCUGUCUCCUUCUUCUUCGCCAAUCUGUUCACCUGUCUCCCCAUCACGCCCCUCAUCGAGCCAUUCUAUGGAAACAAGUGUGUUGAUACUUAUUCGCUGUGGCUCUCUGUCCUUGUCACCGAUCUGAUUGUCGACGUGGGAAUCCUGAUUAUGCCGAUUCCCCUGGUUCUGCGGUUACACCUACCAUGGAAAGACAGGCUAGGCGUGCUCGGAAUGUUUCUGCUUGGUACAAUCGUUGUUGCUAUCAGUAUUGCUCGUCUUGUCCAAUCGUUGGAGGUCGCGGCAGAGUUUGGAUUGCAUUACAACGACGAGACAUACUACACUUCGCCGAUUUUCUUCUGGGCUAACAUCGAAUUGGCCGUUGCCAUUGUAUCAUCUUGUCUUCCAACACUGCGACCUCUAUGGAUUUAUCUCUUCCCCACAUCCCCGACUACAACACAAAAGACAUCGACCCAGUACAUACAAAUCAGCGAUCCAGUUAGGCAGGGUGGGAAAGACAGAGAUUCGGUAGGAGAAUGCCAAGAUGAUAUACCCCUGACAGACCGCGGACAGGUAUAACAGAGCCCGAUACCUGCCCAGUUGCUGGCUACGAUUUUAAUGAGGCACUCUCAACCUAUUGAGUCUUGAAAAAUCUCAGUCCCCCCAGUGUUUAUAUUUUAUAAAGAUCUACCCCUCAUUGCCGAGGCUUAAUAAAUAUCCAGUCAGGCAUGUUUGACAUGGG